GUUCUGAACGACCAGUUCAAAAACGGGGAAGGCGUAGUUGGGUGGGUAAAGUGUUGGAGGACCGCUGUGCCGCAGUCAUUUACAGUAAAUUGCUUCGAUACACACGGAGCAAACGUACCUCAAAGUAAGUUCAAGAUCGUUUUAGGGAGCCGUGUCGUUCAGUACAAACCGUUAAGCAACGUAAACGUUCAAUAGAACUGAACGCACCCCUGAGUAUCCUGGAUGACUGUUUCCGCAUCUAGCCAGCUGUCCUAAUGAAUGAGGCGGACGAUCUCCAGCAUUGCUUCUCAGUGAUAUAACAGCAAGGAUAUUAAUUUCACUAACAGUACCUUUAGAUAUCACCAUGCAGACCCUCACACCCCACGUGUAUUGGGCACAGCGUCAUGCAGACAUCUACCUGCGUGUGGAGCUGAGUGACGCUAAGAAUCUUGAUAUCUGCGUGCAAAACAACACCCUGCAAUUCAAAGCUCAGGGUCACGGAGCUAAAGGAGACCAUGACUAUGAGUUCAGUCUGGACUUCCUGGAACCAGUAAAAAUUGAGGUUAGUCACAGGUCGACCCAGCGCCUGGUAAAUGUGACAGUGAGGAAGCAAGAGCAGCGUUGGUGGGAUAGACUCACUCUGCAGGAGAGGAAACCUCUCUUCCUGGCGCCAGACUUCGACCGUUGGCUCGACGAAUCAGACGCGGAGAUGGAGCUUCAGGCUAAGGAAGAGGAGAAGAUAAACAAGGUCAGCAUCGAGUCAAGAAUCCGUAAAGACCCCUACCUGGGUCUGAAGAAGGGCUAUCUGUUCAUGUACAACCUGGUCCAGUUCCUGGGCUUCUCCUGGAUCUUUGUCAACAUGACCGUCCGUCUCUUCAUCCUGGGACAAGACUCGUUCUAUGACACGUUCCACACCAUUGCUGACAUGAUGUACUUCUGUCAGAUGAUGGCCGUAGCAGAGGUCAUGAACCCUCUAGUGGGUCUGGUCAAGACAGGGGUGUUCCCUGCUAUGAUCCAGGUGGUGGGUAGGAACGUAAUCCUGUUUGUGAUCUUCGGUAGUCUGGAGGAGAUGCAGAACAAAGCAGUGGUCUUCUUCGUCUUCUACCUCUGGAGCACCAUAGAGAUCUUCAGGUAUCCAUUCUACAUGCUGGCCUGCAUCGACACAGACUGGAAGCUGCUGACCUGGCUCAGAUACUCCAUCUGGAUGCCCCUCUACCCUCUGGGGGUGCUAGCAGAGGCUAUAGCUGUGAUCCAGUCCCUGCCUAUCUUCGAUGAGACCCGUCUGUACAGCAUCCCUCUACCUUCGGUCCUGGGCUCGUCCUUCAGCUUUUCCUUCACUCUGAAGAUCUACCUGGCCCUCAUGUUCCUCGGUCUGUUCAUCAACUUCCGCCACCUGUUUCGCCAGAGGAGGAGACGAAUGCGCUCCAGGAAGAGGAAAAUGAACUAACGGAUAGAAAGACAAACCUCACGAUCUCUCCAGUCGCACUGCUGGUUGCCUUUUCACACCUCUCCUCUCACACCUCUCUCUCUCUUCUCUCCUCACCUCUCCUUACACCUCUCUCUUCUCUCCUCACCUCACACCUCUGUCCUCUCUCUCCUCUCCUCUCUCUCCUCUCUUCUCUCUCUCUGUCCAUCCCUCUCCUCUCUCUCCUCUCCUCCCCCCUCCUCUCCUUAUACCUCUCACCUCUCUUCUCUCCUCACCCAGUCUGUUCAUCAGAGUUACCUCCUCUAACACAAACACUUCUCUUCCUCACCCAGUCUGUCCACCAGAGGUACCUCCUCUAACACAAACCCUUCCCUUCCUCACCCAGUCUGUUCAUCAGAGGUACCUCCUCUAACACAAACCCUUCCCUUCCUCACCCAGUCUGUUCAUCAGAGGUACCUCCUCUAACACAAACCCUUCCCUUCCUCACCCAGUCUGUUCAUCAGAGGUACCUCCUCUAACACAAACCCUUCCCUUCCUCACCCAGUCUGUUCAUCAGAGGUACCUCCUCUAACACAAACCCUUCCCUUCCUCACCCAGUCUGUCCAUCAGAGGUACCUCCUCUAACACAAACAAGUGCAUUCAGUUCACACCCUCUUUUUCUGAUUUAUAUGUUAGUAUUAACAGAUACAUGUCAUACUGUACUGUUAGUAUUAACAGAUACAUGUCAUACUGUUAGUAUUAACAGAUACAUGUCAUACUGUUAGUAUUAACAGAUACAUGUCAUACUGUUAGUAUUAACAGAUACAUGUCAUACUGUACUGUUAGUAUUAACAGAUACAUGUCAUACUGUUAGUAUUAACAGAUACAUGUCAUACUGUACUGUUAGUAUUAACAGAUACAUGUCAUACUGUACUGUUAGUAUUAACAGAUACAUGUCAUACUGUUAGUAUUAACAGAUACAUGUCAUACUGUUAGUAUUAACAGAUACAUGUCAUACUGUACUGUUAGUAUUAACAGAUACAUGUCAUACUGUACUGUUAGUAUUAACAGAUACAUGUCAUACUGUACUGUUAGUAUUAACAGAUACAUGUCAUACUGUACUGUUAGUAUUAACAGAUACAUGUCAUACUGUACUGUUAGUAUUAACAGAUACAUGUCAUACUGUUAGUAUCAACAGAUACAUGUCAUACUGUUAGUAUUAACAGAUACAUGUCAUACUGUACUGUUAGUAUUAACAGAUACAUGUCAUACUGUACUGUUAGUAUUAACAGAUACAUGUCAUACUGUACUGUUAGUAUUAACAGAUACAUGUCAUACUGUACUGUUAGUAUUAACAGAUACAUGUCAUACUGUUAGUAUCAACAGAUACAUGUCAUACUGUUAGUAUUGACAGAUACAUGUCAUACUGUUAGUAUUAACAGAUACAUGUCAUACUGUUAGUAUUAACAGAUACAUGUCAUACUGUACUGUUAGUAUUAACAGAUACAUGUCAUACUGUUAGUAUUAACAGAUACAUGUCAUACUGUACUGUUAGUAUUAACAGAUACAUGUCAUACUGUACUGUUAGUAUUAACAGAUACAUGUCAUACUGUUAGUAUUAACAGAUACAUGUCAUACUGUUAGUAUUGAAGGAGCCGUACUAUAAACGGUUCUAGCGUCUCUUGGCCACAACUUGUGUAUUUUCUGAAUUCCAUUUUGCAGCUCAUGUAAUCCUCAUAAUGGACCUGCCUUCAGUUUGAAUUCAGGGAGUGAAAUGAAAACUGCCCGUUGUUCUCUAUGAAGAGUGGUUUUUAAAAUCACUCUUUUUUUAUUUUGGAUCCACUUUAAUGACUUGACUGAAUAGAUCUGAAUUGACUCUGACUCUGUUACAGUCAUUGAUAGAACAGUCAUGUUGCACUUCACUACUGUCCCAUCUGACCAUGAGUCAGCGUCAGGCCUAAUGCUAUACAUUGAUUUGUUUUGUUAUAAGUUGUUUUUAUUUUUUUAAAGGCCCAGUGCAGUCAGACAUAUGUAUUUAUAUAUACUUCCACACUAUGAGGUUGGAAUAACACUGUGAACAUUAUCAUAAUGUCCUUGUUAGUGUAAGAGUUGUUUUGAAUAGACUUGACAGUUCAGCCUGUUUUGGCAGGAUGGAAUUUUGGCUUUCCACGGUGACAUCACUAUGGGGUGAAUUAGUUAAUAGACCAAUAAGAAAGAGAGUUCUAAAACCCCUCUGCCAAUAACAGCACAUUUUCAGUUUUCCCCUCCCCACUCAGACCACUCCCAGACAGACCUAGCUAAAUUGUUGCUUGAGAAAUUGAGAAUAUACUUUUUGUUUAUUAGAGACCAUUUUCAUUUAAAUCACAGUAAGGUACUUCAUUGUUACCCAGAAAUGAUUUGAUAUUGACAUUUUUUUUUAAAACGCAUUGGACUUUUUUUUAUUUUAUAUUGCUUUAUUCCUAAAUGAACUUUUGUAUGCCAACAGUGUUUCUCAUGCAGUAUAGAAUCAAGCUGCAUUCUGGGAUGUAAGCUACUGUAUUCUCCAGUGAUGUUUGUAGUCCCCGUGAUAUCUACUGUCUCCAUCAUGCCAUCCUUGCUGUGUUGUUCCAAGGCUCACUGCUCUGCGUCUGAUGACAGGGUUAGAGUUGCGUCCCGACUCUCCACACUUCUCCUAGAGUGUGCUCUUACACACUUCUCCUAGAGCGUGCUCUUACACACUUCUCCUAGAGCGUGCUCUUACACACUUCUCCUAGAGCGUGCUCUUGCACACUUCUCCUAGAGCGUGCUCUUGCACACUUCUCCUAGAGCGUGCUCUUACACACUUCUCCUAGAGCGUGCUCUUACACACUUCUCCUAGAGCGUGCUCUUACACACUUCUCCUAGAGCGUGCUCUUACACACUUCUCCUAGAGCGUGCUCUUACACACUUCUCCUAGAGCGUGCUCUUACACACUUCUCCUAGAGCGUGCUCUUGCACACUUCUCCUAGAGCGUGCUCUUGCACACUUCUCCUAGAGCGUGCUCUUACACACUUCUCCUAGAGCGUGCUCUUACACACUUCUCCUAGAGCGUGCUCUUACACACUUCUCCUAGAGCGUGCUCUUACACACUUCUCCUAGAGCGUGCUCUUGCACACUUCCUGUCAGCGAAACAGACAAAGGGAACCAGUCAGAGCCCAGAACCUCAGGGAAAUGGACAUUGUUAGAGAAUUAAGGGAGGAGGAUCACUGUCUGGAAUCAUGUGUUUUAUUAGAAGGUUUUGAAUGGUUGAAGGAUCAAUUAUAAUGUGUGAUAUUAUAAUAACCAAUAAAGUUGUGUGAAAUAAAAAGUGAA